UUUGCGUUCGUUCAGGAAUGAGCAAGGUGCUCUGAGCUCCAAAGCGCGCGAAAAAAAAUCGUUCAUUGUUCGUAGAACUUGAACGGGUGCAGUGCACACCCGGAGUUCUGAGUUAUAUAUAUUUUUGUGAUAAAAUCGGUAAUUAGUUCCCACAAUGCUAUGUACCGGCGGUCUGUGAUUUAAGCUGAAACUCGGGGGAAGUUGUUUGUUCAACACAGUGAUUUGUGUGGCGGGCGAAGAAAGUUUAUGCCAAAUGCAUGCUGGUUGACAGUUCCCCGAUUCAAUCGUGAUUUGCAAACCGAAAUAAUUGGAAAGUAGCAAACCUGUAAUAGCGUUCGAGCGAUAAAAAAAAAAAGAGUCAAGUGAACCACAAUGGGUGAUAGCGAAAAAGCAAACCGCAGAAACACCAUCGAAAUGAAUGGGUUUAGCAAAGACUGCUUAUCCACGGAGAAACCCAAAAUCAGCGACCAGGAAACAAAUGCACCAAGUGGCUUCGGUGUCCGCCAUGUACAAACGUUGCUGCUUUUCUUCGGCCUCACGGUUGCCUAUGCCCUUCGGGUAAACCUAUCGGUGGCAAUCGUGGCUAUGGUUGAUAAGACGGGUACUACAGGGGACUUCGAUCACUUCGACUGGAGUGAGCAAACCAAAUCUGUGAUUCUCAGUAGCUUUUUCUGGGGUUACGUUGUAACGCAAAUCCCGGCCGGCCAACUGGCACAACGAGUAGGUGCGAAGGUACUGCUGCUCUUUUCGUUGGGAAUCUGCUCAACUCUUGCCGUACUGACGCCACUGUUUGCACACCUCGGAGGCAGUAAGCUGGUGAUAGUCCUCCGAAUAGUACAAGGCCUUAGUCAAGGUUUCAUUUUCCCAUCGACUCAUACUCUCCUAUCGAAAUGGGCUCCGGUUUCGGAGAGAGGUCGUCUCGGCACGUACUGCUAUGCUGGGGCCCAAUUCGGAACGGUUGUGAUGCUGGCCAUCAGCGGCUUCCUUGCAUCGUCUCCCAUCGGCUGGCCCGGGAUAUUCUAUGUGUCCGGAGCUGCCGGUAUCCUGUGGACCGUUGUUUGGUUCUUCUAUGGAGGAAACUCGCCUGUUGAGCAUGGAUCUAUUUCCCCAGAGGAGCGGGAUUUCAUUGAAAACUCGUUGGGCAACCAAGAUCACAGCAAAAAGAUCAUAACGCCAUGGAAGGCCAUUUUAACAUCGGCACCGAUGAUCGCCUUGACGGUCGCACACUGCAGUCACAACUGGGGCUUCUGGACACUGCUAACCGAAAUGCCAACCUUCAUGAAGAACGUUCUCGAACUGGACAUCAAAAGUAAUGCACUGCUAUCCAGUUUGCCGUAUCUGGUCAUGUGGAUUCUCAGCAUGAUUUUCAGCCCGAUCUCCGACUUCCUGAUCAACAGACAGUACCUUUCUCGUGUAAUUAGCAGAAAACUGUUCAACACAAUCGGUCUGUGGAUUCCAAUGGCCGCCCUGUUGGGACUGGCUUUCGUGCCUAAGGGAGAAAAAGAUUUGGCUAUCGUACUGUUAACUACAGCCGUUGGAAUCAACUCGGCAACCUACUUGGGCUUCCAGGUGAACCAUAUCGAUCUGGCACCGAAUCAUGCUGGUACAAUGAUGGGAAUUACCAACUGUGCGGCCAACAUUAUGUCCAUCAUCGCCCCACUGAUAGUCGGAAUUGUGCUGCAGGAUGCGACGGACCCAGUUCAGUGGCGUACAGUGUUCUACAUAUCUGCCGCAAUUUACUUCCUAGGUAAUUUGGUAUUUAUAAUAUUGGGCAAAGCCGACAUCCAGCCCUGGAAUGAACCCCGACCGGAUAAGAAGGAUGAUGAUACCGAAGCUGCCGUGCCAAAUAAUCAAAAUACCACCGAGCGAGUUGACCACGUGGAUUGAGAAAA